GUGGGCGAUGGCACCAAGUACCAAGUCGAAGCAGCCAGAAGCGAUUCGAAGUGUACAAAAUGUUCAAACUGCUCGUCGCGAUGACGGUGUUAGCCGUGGUGGCCGCUCAGUCUUCCAUCGGAAGACCGAAGUGUUCUGAGAACGAGUCCUGGUCGAUAUGCGGACAUUUGUGCGAACCAUCUUGCGAACAUCCGAUAGUUACCCCUAGCUGGUGCGGUUUCUGGUUCUACCGCCCAUGCAAAGGAGAGUUUUACGGCUGCAGGUGUAAAAAUGGCUAUGUGAGGAACGAUAAAAAACACUGCAUUGAGGUAAAGGACUGUCCGCAUAAAUCAUAAUCCGAAGCGAUCUAAAGCGAUCUUAGUGCCAAGGGCUAUAGUACGAGAUUAUAUUGUAACAAACCGUGCAAUAAAUAUAUAAUCUUUGCAUAAUGAAAAAAGACGA